AUGGCGGACAAAGACCCCCUCCGCGCCCCUCCCACACCCACAGACCCUCCUCGUAGUCCGCGAGCUAUCCAGUUCGCUGACCAGCUCCAUCCUUCUCCUCGUCCAUCGCGCGACAACUCGCCUACAAAACCCGGCGCCUCGCCAAGGCAGCUCGCCUCCGCCUCGUCCAGCAUCGACAGGAGAGCAUCGCCAGAUCCUCUGCGCAGACCUGCAUCGCCCGGAGACAUGGCGAAGAACUAUGGGGCCGGAUCCGGUGCCGGAUCGUCAUCGACAGACUCGCAGAACACCGCGCGUGCGGGCUAUCGCGCCUCGGGUCCCGGCAGGAUCAAUCUGCCACCCUCCCCUUAUCAAGGCACCAGCACCGAUCUACUCACACCAAAUCGAGACGAUGCAUCCAACGCUGCUCGUGCAAGAGCUCCCAGCAUGAGUCCUAGCGUCGCUGCCUCCUCCCAGCGCCAAGGCCAGCCUAGAGGAAUGUCGUUCAAGCGACGAGCGCCCAGCGUCCAGCAGAGGCAAAACUUCCUCCAACGCGCUUCUAUGGGCGUCUUUCCGCGCAAGCUAUCCGUCGCAGGCAGCGAUGCUGGUGGCAGAAAUUUGCGUCGAGUUCACACCACCGGUGGCCCAGCGGGUGGCGCCGACGGUGACGACGACGGCACUAUCGACAUCGACGCGCUCAUUGCCUCAGCGGAAGCACCUUCCAUCCCUCGCAUGCUGCCCACCGGCAAGUCGGAUCCGUUCUCCAACCCCAUCCCAGCGCUGCCCUUCAUCGUGCUCUGCCUCGUCUGCUUUGGCGAGUUCAGCUCGGCCGGUGUCGCCGGUCCUUUCCUCUUCUUCAUGAUCGAAGACUUUGGCGUCGGCGGCGAAGCGGACGUGGGUUUUUGGGCGGGUAUUGUCUCUGCCAGCUUCUUCUUCGCUCAGUUCCUCACCUCGCUCAUGUGGGCCUCGGUGGCCGACAAGCGUGGGCGUCGCUUCGUGCUCGCCAUCUCCCUCCUCGGCAACGCCAUCACCAUGAUGCUCUUCGGCACCUCGCAGAACCUCGGGACGGCCAUCUUCAUCCGUCUCGCUCAGGGUUUCUUCAAUGGCGCCGUCGGGGUCGCAAAAGGUGCCAUCCGUGACAUCACCGAUGAGACCAACGAGGGUCGCGCCUACGCGCUCAUGGGCUUCUGCUGGGGAAUGGGCGGUAUCAUCGGUCCCAUCUUGGGCGGUGUCCUCGAGCAUCCCGUCCAGAAGCUCCCUGGCAUCUUUGGCAGCAGUGAGCUCUUCUCCAAUUAUCCCUAUUUGCUGCCCUGUCUGGUCGCUGCAUCAUUCACGCUGGUCGGCUCGUUCCUCACCCUCUUCAUCGGCCACGAUGGCGGUCCGCGCACAGGCGCCAUCGCGCUCCCGGAGAAGGGCGACAUCGAACGCGCUGCGAACCAAGUUGGCAGCUUCGGUCGUUCCGCAGGCCAACGCAUCUCUGGCUACUUUGGCGGCGCACGCAGCACCACUGCCGGAGAAUCCGAUCUAAGCCUCUCGCGCAACUUCGGCAACGCCACCCAAGCCAGCACGAGCGGCACCUCGACCCCAGACAUCAGCCGUGCCAGCCAAGGCGGAACACCCGGUCGACUCCAACGCACCUUCACACAGCAGGUCGACUACGAGACCGGUGGCCCACCUUCACCCGUCCCCUCCGAGGGUGGAACCAUCAUCACGCACAACAACACCACCAUCAACGACUCGGGCUUCUCCCGCGCUGACCACGCUCCUCGCCGAAACCGCCUCUUUUCGCGCACCGAAGAACGACAGCGUGCGAUCCUCGGUGUUGGUUCUGCGUACGGCUACGAUGGGCAUCUGUCCCGAUCGCAGGCGCAAACGGGCACCACCGCGACGGAUCGGCACGGCUCAGCGGUGAGAGCAGAGUCGUUCGCGCAGAGCAGGACGGCGGGCCGAAACUCGUUCUCGUCGACCAACCAGUACGCGCCGGAUUUCGAGCAGAUCGGUCAGCGACCCGGGUUGAGCUUUGCCCAACGCUUCUUGCUCGCGCAGGACGAUUCGGUGUUUACCAUCUCGGAUCUGUGGGUUGCGGCUGCGAUCAAUGGGGACGAGGCGUACGAGGAUGUCUUCGAAGACGAUGAUGAUUUGGAGAACGACUCGUAUGCGGGGGAGAGUGCUGAAGAUUCGCUAGCGGAGAACUCGAUUGAUGAAGAAGACGAGGAGGAGGAGGAGCAGGAUCCGCACGAACGAUCCUCCCUCCUAUCGCCGAGGCAUUUGCCACCGUUGAACUUUGCCCAGCGUAAACUGUCGACUGCUGCGCGGUCGUAUGCGUCAUCGCGGCCGCGGUCGAUGAGGAGGUCGAGUGCGACGGCGCGCGUGCCGAGUCUGUACGCCAACACGGGCAUCGAGAGUCCUCUGCAGAAUCCGGCGUACAACCCGCUCUCUCCCUCCAUCGACGGUCCCCUCGGGGGCGGGGGUGGGGGACGAUCGGACAGUGCGUGGGAUCCAACCCUCGCCGGGAUUCCGGAAUCCUCCUCCAACCGGGCCUCUCUCUCCGUUCCCACCCCACGUCGCUCCACCGCCGGGUCUCCCGCCUCCCAACGUCAAUCCAUGGCAUUCCCCACCCCCACACCAUCGCUCUUCACCCUCCUCCCCACGGCCAUCAUCGCGCACUACGGUCUCAUGGCCUUCCACUCCUCCACCUUCGAUCAAGUGUUCAUGGCCUUCCUGGUCACCCCUGAACCCUCCGGUGGGUUGGGACUCACCGCAUCGCACUACGCACAGCUCAUCUCAGCUAUGGCAUUCUGCCAGUUGAUCUUUCAGUUCGUCUUCUACCCCCGCGUGGGGCCUCCUCAAGGACCCCUUUCGCAUUUGGCCAUGUUGCGCUUGGGAACGGCGAUCUACCUGCCUUGCUAUACGCUCUUUCCGUUGUUGCGCGGGAUGCUGCAUCCGCAGACGGACGGGUUUGUUAUGGGCGGGAUGAUUCUGUUUGCUAGCAUGAGGUGGUUAGCGAACGUAUGUGCGUUUACGGCGGUAAGCGUGCUGAUCAAUGCGAUGACACCGCCGCAUCUCACGCCACUGGCGAACGGGUUGGCCCAGACAACGAGUAGUGCUGCCAGGUUCGUCGGUCCGAUCGUGGGUGGUCUGGUCUGGGCGAAGGGCAUCGAGGGCGGAGUGGAGAGCCACGAUUGGCCGUUCAAUUACCAUUUGGGCUUCUGGUUCGUCGGGCUCGCCGCGUUUACAGGCUUCUUGUUCACUUGGAGGAUCAAGUAG